AUGAAUGAUGUUGGAUGGAUGAACCCAUGGGUAUAUAUAAGGGGGGCAUAUCCUAUAUUAGGAGUAUAUGGGCUGAGCGAUGGUGCAUGGGGGGGGCAUUACUUACGAAUAACUGACCCAGAUCGACGUACAUUUGUUAUUGAGUUAAUCCAAAAACUCUUUACCAUGGAUUGCGAGUCGGCCAUUAACUACGUCCAAGUACCUGGCAAAGUUUCAGGAAUGCAACACACACUACUUAACGAGUGUGGUAAUAUGUCUUAUCAAAUUGAGAAAGGCGGGCAUCACAUUGAGAACGCUCUUAAACAUAUUAAUAUGCAAUAUCAGACACUUUUUUUUACCUCUGGACUUUUCCUUACACUAUCGUCUCUGAUAUCUUGCAUGAGUUCUUUCGGUAUAUCCCAAUUCCCUAAUUUUGUCCUCUCAUUCUUCCUCCUCUGGAACGGAUUGACCCUAAUGCUACUUGAUGUGCCAGGUACUCCCAGAUGGGCUGGAAAAUAUCGCAGGCAUGUGAGAAAGAAUUUCAGAAUUUUGACUAGAAUUGCAGGCAAAUCAGCCUGGCUCGCAGUACAAGGCGCUAUCGCAUUGGUCAACAUUAGAACUAUGAAUGGAAACGGAUUUUUUUCAGCUCUAUUAUCAACCACCAUUUCCAUCUUCACUUUCACUGUUUCUUUCAUGGGUUUUCUGAUAGCAAUGAAAAAGAGUUUUAGACUGGAGAGGGUUAAAAGUUCAAUAAGACAAGUUUCAAAGGGGAGUUACAUAGAUUGUUACAGGAAAUAUGCAGUCGGGGACCCCGAACAUGGAAUGCAAUUUGAUGAAUUCAAUAGAAUGUGCGCCGAUCACACUUGUGGCAGAUUUCAAUUUGACAUUGUAGAUCUUUAUAUAAUUUACAAUGUCUUGGAUGAACACCAAAAAUGUGCGAUUAACGAGCGCGAAUUUUAUGAAUGGAUGGCGGGCCCAAUCGUAAUGCUGUGA